UUUCCAUUGCUUUGCAGUCAAGGUUUGUGAGUGAAUAUAACCUCACCGAUCAUGGAAUUUGUACUAGUGUGUCACAAAAUUGUAGGAGUUUGUUGGGAUAUCUUAUCGCAUGUGAACAAUUAAUUUCGAAUUGAUACCUACUGAUAAUAUGUAAUCGGGAAAUAGUAUAACAUUAACAAAUAUAUCAAGUUUUAUGUAUGGAUUAGUAGCUGAUGGAGUGAAGUGAGUAAUAUUUUUUGCAUGGAAAAUGGAAGAUAAAGAAAAUGUUCGAAUGAAAAGUUACGAAGACAAUAACGUAUACUUGAAAGGUGCCAAAAACCUUAUUUUGUCCGGAAUCAUUUACUUUAUUGGAUAUAUGAACUGGUCCAUCUCGUGGAUAAUCAUUCCUAUAAUAAUAAGCAUCUUCAAUGAUGAGCGGAAAAGGAAGAGUCUGAAAAGAAGAAAUUUGAUUAGAGAAGCGGCUCUACGAAGUGAGAAGGACGUUAUUUUAGAAAAUAUUGGAGACUUGCCUGCGUGGGUGUAUUUUCCAGACAUUGAACGGGCAGAAUGGAUGAACAGGAUUAUCAAACAGCUUUGGCCCAACGUCAACCAUUACGUGCAUGAUUUGAUAACGACCACGCUGGAAGCAAAAUUAAAACGUAAUCUUGAAAAAUACUCCCUGAAAGGAUUUAAAUUUCAGCGAGUAAUACUAGGGAGUGUGCCCUUCAGGAUUGGAGGAAUUAUUGUCUACGACAACGUGUCUAGAGAUGAAAUUGUUAUGGAUUUGGAUGUUUCAUAUGCUGGCGAUUGCGAUAUAAAAUUUCGUUUGCAUGGUGUAGGCGGAGGUGUAAAAAAUUUUCAAUUAUACGGCAGAUUGAGGGUUGUAUUGAAGCCUCUCAUUAAAACAAUACCACUGACAGGGGGCAUACAAGCCUUCUUUCUGAACAUCCCAGACAUUGAUUUCGACCUAGAUGGAAUAGCUGGCAUUUUAGAAAUACCGGGAAUAAAUAAUCUGCUGAAAAAAAGCGUCGUCGAUACUAUUUCAUCAUUAAUGGUUUUACCCAAUAAAUUCCCUAUAAAAUUAUCUAAAGAUGUUAGUAGUGUGCAACUCAAAACACCUAGUCCAGCGGGUGUUCUUAGAGUUCACGUGAUUGAAGCCAAAGAUCUGGUGAAAAAGGAUAUAAGCUUCACGGGAAAAGGAAAAUCAGAUCCUUACACCAUUCUUGAAGUGGGAGAACAAAGUUUUAGAACUGAAACAAUCGACUGUACAGUAAACCCCAAAUGGGAUUAUUGGUGUGAGUUCAUUAUAUUAGAGUUUAGUGGUCAACAAUUGAAACUUCACGUUUGGGACGAGGACACAACUGAAGAUGAAACCCUUGGAAAAAUAUCGCUGGAUAUAUCUAAUUUGAUAAAGGCUGGACAAAGUGAUUUGUGGUUGGGUCUAGAAGAUGUCAAACAUGGUCAGAUCCACGUGAGGUGCACUUGGCUAGCCCUUAGCACCGACUACACAGAUUUGCAAGUGGCAAUCUACGAAACACAACAACUUCAAUUGACUCAUAUCAGCACAGCACUGUUAAUAGUUUACGUUGAUUCAGCUACCAAUUUGCCCCAAGUCAAGAUCUCCACCAAACCAGACCCUUACGUUCAAAUUCAAAUAGGAAAACAAAUAAAAAACACAAAAACGGUAAUGCGGACCAUAAAUCCUGUCUGGGAGGAAGGAUUCAUUUUCUUCGUAUCCAAUCCUGAUUCGGACGCUUUGGAUUUAAGGAUUGUCGAUGCAAAGACUGAGAGUGAAUUGUGCUCGCUAAGUUACAAUAUCAGCAAUCUUUCAAAUAAGGAAAACUUGGAAAUAUUGCAGCAACCUUUCAGAUUAGGAAAGGGGACCCCAGAGAGCAAAAUCGUGUGGUCCUUGCAUCUGAAGAUUUUUAAAAACGAGAACAUGGAGGAGUAUCUGGAAGAGUUUUUGAGGAAGAGAAAAGAUUCGACUUCAUCUGUAAAGAGCUCGGAAUAUUCAGAUAAUCAAAUGUCAAAUAACUCCCCACUGUUCAACAAUGUGAAACUAGAAGAAAUUUUUGAUCGCACUUCUAAAUCGUCCACAAGAUCGUCGAUGAUGUCAAAUUCAAGCAAUUCCAGACGGCGUAGUAAGUCUGGGUCUUUAGAGGAACCAAUCUUCACAGGACAAGUUAGUUUGUCCUUGAGAUAUAGUGUUCAAAGGCAACGAUUGAUCGUAAUAGUGCAUUCCUUAACAAUACCAUAUAAAGAACAAGGAAAAAAUUUAUAUGUAAAAGUAUAUUUAUUACCUGAAAGAAAUAAGGAUGUUAAGAGGAAGACGGGUGUCAUGCAUUCGAGUAAUGCAACAUUCGAUGAAAGAUUCGAAUACCUAGUUCCACAAGGUGAGCUGAAUUCAAAAAAAUUGGAGAUAUCUGUGAUAGAAGAGAAGAUGAUGAAGAACUAUAUUUUUGGAGAAGUAGUUAUUGAUUUGGCCAAACUAGACCUAUUUAAGACACACACCGACUGGUUUGAUUUGGGUCCACAUUUAAAAAAGGAUUGAAAAAAGUAUUAAGAUCAACCAUGCUUUGCAACUUAUCCACAUAGUUAGUUUUCUAGACUGAAUAAUAUAUCACUUGUAUUUAAAUAAAUUAUUUUUAUCUAUA